GAGACAGUCAUGAAGUUUGUGAAACUUUUUGGACGCUUAAAGUCAAACAUCAUUGGCAUGAUCCAUGUAGGAGCUUUACCUGGAACUCCAUUACACAGAUGUGCAGUUCCUGAGCUCAUCGAGGAGGCGUGUAGAGAGGCAGAACUUUACCACCAGCAGGGAUUAGAUGGGUUUCUGAUUGAGAACAUGCAUGAUGUGCCGUAUGUGUGUGAUUCGGGGCCGGAGGUGUGUGCGGUGAUGACAGCUGUGUGUUCUGCAGUGAAGAAACUUCGUCCAGCUCUCCCUGUCGGAGUGCAGGUUCUAGCAGCCAAUAAUCAAACAGCACUGGCCAUCGCCCUCGCCUCCGGGCUAGACUUUAUCCGAGCAGAGGGCUUUGUGUUUUGUCACGUGGCUGAUGAAGGCCUGAUGAAUGCGUGUGCUGGUGACCUGCUGCGGUAUCGCAAACACAUAGGAGCAGAACACAUUCAGAUAUUUACUGACAUAAAGAAGAAGCACAGUGCUCAUGCGCUUACAGCUGAUGUGUGUAUUGCUGAGACGGCGAGGGCAGCUGAGUUUUUCCUCUCGGACGGCGUGGUGGUCACUGGACCUUCAACUGGUGUUCAGGCAAAUCCACAGGAACUGAGCGAGGUGAUGCGCUCGGUCCGGAUCCCGGUUCUGAUCGGUUCUGGAGUGACCCAUGAGAAUGUGGAAGAUUAUUUGGAGGCGAACGCGCUGAUCAUCGGGUCACAUUUUAAAACCGGCGGCCGCUGGGAGAGGGGCGUGGAUCCCGAGCGAGUGAAGAGACUCAUGGAGAAAAUCCACAAACUCCGCAACUAAAAAAUAUUCAUAUUAAAAAUAUUACCUUCAUAUUUUACACAUGGAGACGGAAAUCCUUGUUUAAGGCUGAGUGUAUUCAAGUAAAAACAUUACCGUAAUAAUAAAAAUGUUUAUUUUGCAGUUUAAAAAAA